AUUACCUCAGACUGAAUUGGUCUGGCGCGAGACUUCUCGCGCCAAAUUCUUUUUGCCUGAAAGGAACCGAGCCGCACAGGGGAGGCCCGGCGGGAGUCCUUCCCUUUCUAUGCUGACCCCGGAGAUGGGCCGGCGGCUGUUUCUGCUGCAGAUGGCUCCGUGAAAGAAGAUCCCUGCUGCUGCCGCCGCCGCCGCCUAACCCGUUUCCUUACUGCUGCCCACUCUAAGAAGGGCUCAGGCUCCAUCGGCUCUCCGGGGAAGACAGGUAGGCAGGCGACGGACAGCUCAAGAGACCGAAGAGCGACAGAGACUCCCGUUCUCGCAGCGAGGAGAGCCCGGUUCGACUGGAAAGGAGAACGCGGGACCUUCCCCCACUUCCGGGGGUUUGGGCACUGGCAGCACCAACCACAGAGCGUGUUCUCCUUCGCCGGGCCGACUCUGCCCGCCUCGCAGCCCCCGCUGGAGCGUCUGAGGGAAGGAAGCGGGGGCAGCGUGUGACUAGCGCUGCAGAAAGAAGGGAGGAAGCGCGGUUAGAGGAAGCGGUGCGGGCACGGAGGGGGAAGUAGGACAAGCCCCGCCGCUAAAGCUGCGCGUGGGUCUCCUCCUUUGCUGGUCGCGCGUGCGUCGUGCGAGGGGGGGCGCUGGCGAGAGCAAGAGCUCAGCCCCGAGGAGAGACACACAGGAGGAUGGUCCUCCCGCUGUGGCCGCUCGCUGGGACGGAGGGAGCCUGAGCUGCGGAUAGAGAGGAGGAGACGCGGCCGGCAGCAGCAACAGCAGCGACUCUGGCUGGAAACCCGUGAGAUGAGGCGGAGACCCGCCGCUGCUGUGCCCAGAGCGGCCCCGCGUUUCCGAAGGUGUGUUUGCUGUGGCAGGCUCAUGCACCUCGCACUCCAGAAUUUAACACAGAAGGAGGAGUCUCUCAUCCAGGUACAGGCAUCUGGCUUUUUGAAAGAGGAGGCUUCAAGGAACCCGAGCAUGAUCUCCAGUUUUGUUAAGCUAGUGCCAAGGGACGACUCUGAAUGAUUCCAAAUGGAAGUUUUUGGGAAUAGGUUGGCCUUGCUUGUGAUAUGGGACGACAGAGCAACACAGCGCUGGAGAAAUGCAUGGGAUGGGUCAGAUACUAAAACAACCUGUGAAGAAUCUCCAUGAAGGUGACCAGCCAUGCAAUGUUCUUGGAAGGCUGUCCUCCUACUUGCUUUGGCCUCCAUUGCUAUCCAGUACACAGCUAUCCGUACUUUCACAACCAAGUCCUUUCACAGCUGCCCUGUGCCUAACCCAACAAACUGUAGCCUGAAUCAGGAGAUUGAAUCAGCUGACAGACUGUGUGAUGAAAGCCCCACCCUUGCGUAUAACCUCUCCAAGAAGACACAUGUCCUUAUCUUGGCCACCACUAGAAGUGGCUCUUCUUUUGUUGGGCAGCUCUUUAAUCAGCACUUUGAUGUCUUCUAUUUAUUUGAGCCCCUUUAUCAUGUCCAGUACACCUUGAUCCCAAAGCUGACACAGACAAAGGGCUCAACAGACCGACGGAUCAUGCUGGGUGCUGGCCGAGAUUUGUUGAGAAGCCUCUAUGACUGUGAUCUUUACUUCUUAGAAAAUUACAUCAAACCCCAGCCAGUGAAUCAUACAACGGAUAGGCUGUUCCGGAGGGGGGCCAGCAAAGCUCUAUGCUCCCCACCAGUUUGUGAGACAUUGACACCAAUUGAUAUUCCCCUGGAAGAAGGGGACUGUGUGAAAAAAUGUGGCACUUUGAACCUGACACUGGCCACUGAAUCAUGUAAGGAUCACGGACAUGUUGCUAUCAAAACAGUGCGGGUGCCAGAGGUCAAUGACCUCCGAGCCUUGGUGGAGGACCCCAGGCUCAAUUUGAAAAUUAUACAACUGGUGAGGGACCCCAGGGGCAUCCUGGCUUCCAGGAGUGAGACAUUCCGGGACACCUACAGACUUUGGCGGAUCUGGGAUGGCACAGGCAGGAGGCCUUAUAACUUGGAUGUAACCCAGCUCACCACUGUCUGUGAGGACUUUUUGAACUCUGUUUCCACCGGUCUAAAUCGGCCUCCUUGGCUCAAGGGCAAAUAUAUGCUGGUGAGGUAUGAAGAUCUGGCCAGAAAUCCCUUAAAAAAGACUGAGGAGAUGUAUGAAUUCCUUGGUAUUCCCAUGGACAGCAACGUGGAACGAUGGAUACAGAACAACACAAGAGGAGACAGAUCUGCAGCUAAACACAAGUAUGGGACUGUCCGAAACUCAGCAGCAACUGCAGAGAAAUGGCGUUUCCGCCUGUCCUAUGAAAUUGUGGCAUUCACACAGAAUGCGUGCCAGCAAGUGUUGGUACAGCUGGGUUACAAACUGGUGUCCUCGGAGGAGGAAUUAAAGAAUCUGUCCAUCAGCCUGGUGGAAGAAAGGGAUUUCUUGCCUUUCUGGUAAUGCAGACAUUAGAGGCUUGUGUUUUAAUGCUGAUGCGAGCCAUUUCUAACUAUUGCCUUACUUUUCUUCUCCCUGCCUACUCUCUGAUAUUUGCACUAAUUCUUGAAUGGGAGUCUCAGAAAGAGUUAAGAUGAAGAAGGUGCCCCCUCUCAGACCAUUAUAUGGAUUAUGAGUAUUGGGUCUCAGAGCUAAACAAACAAACAAACAAACAAACGAACAAACAAACAAACAAACAAACUGUGGAUGGGUAGCAAUGUUUACAAAUCACACACAUAACAAUGUAUAAAAGGGAAAAAAAAGUAACCCUCAGGCUUUCCACACUGAAGGGCACCUGGGGGGAUAUACUUUUGCACUGUUUACUUUUACAAUGUAAGAGGUAACUAUAAAUAUAUAUAUAUAUAAAUAUAUAUAUAUGUCUAAUUUAUGAAUAGUGUUGUCACCUCCCGCCUAACUCCUCCUGAUUAUGAGCAGGUUUUACUGUUAGUUGAAUGUGGAAUAGUUUCCUUGUUUUUAAUCUUGUUUUGAUAUGUAUGAGUCAUGUUAUCAGGCUGGUCGCUGAUCCAUGGUUUGUUUAGUAACACCUAUGACAUUUCUUUGUGCAAAGAAAGAAAGAAAGAAAGAGAGAAAGUGGUUUGCUGAACAGCAACUACAAAACUUUAAUGCUUUAUCUCUGUGUUCUGCAAAUAAAGAAUUCAAUAAAAUCAAUUAUUCCUGGAGGGACAAAUUCGCCAG